CAGUUCUUGUCAGUCGCGCAUCAGACGCCGUGCGGGCCACUCGUCUGCCGAUAUCCUCACAUGUAACAGCGCUGUAACAUUGUUGCUUGCCUGCCACAGCGCAACGACAACAAUUCAAAUAUUAUUGCGCACAACACCGUUGCCGAAAACAUAAUAAUAUCGUUGACGGUCUGCUGAUAUUAUUCGAUAUCUAUAAAAUCGUCUGAGCUGCAGCUGCAGCAUGCAGUAUUCGCAGCGACGGUGGUGCACCGCGGCGGUCCAGGUGCUGGUGCUGUCGGCCCUGGUGCUGUUGACGCACGGCGCCACGAUCAAGUUCGACCAGAGCCAGACGGGCGACUACAACCUGCAGAUACAUCUGAAGAACAUCGAACUGUACGCCGUGUUCGACGACUCGGGCGGCAACGACGACGAAUACGAAGACUUACCCGACUACACGGAUGCACUUGAAAGUUCGACUAAGCCACCGCAAAACGCAUCCACAACUUACGCUCCUACAUCAAGCACUGUGGCAACAGCGGCGGUCGUAAGUACGAGUUCACCUGCACUGGCGUUGUUGGACCCAUACUCGCAGUCCAAUAGUGACAAGAUUGUUCAGAUGGUCGAGGCGUUGAUCGCUAGCAACGGAAACACUUCCGAUUUACCCACCGAACAACCGCCAUCGUCAGCGAACGCCGGCACAACAUCGUUGUCACCACCGGCAUCCGGUCAGUCUCCAUCAGCCGUCGCCACAACUUCCACUGCUGCGUCCGCGGCCACGACGAACAGCACGGCUAACCGAAAGUGUGGACCCGGAUAUUUCAGGGACCCAAUGGGCCGGUGUCGGCGCAUCCGAAAACCACAUUUACCGUUUUUACAAAUGGUUCAUACUCCAGGAGUAAUUAAGUCAUUCCAACCACAGUUAAGGACUACCGAAGACGUCAGUGUGAAAAAUUAAACAUAUAAACUAAAAUAAUUUAGUUUUAAUAAGUUGGCAAGCUGCUACGAACGAAUUAUGUCUUAAUAUUUAUUGUUUAUCUUUAAUCAUACCUACUUAUACCUAAGAGCUUACAUAUAUUAUUAUAUUUAAACGUGUGUAAUAUAUAGAAUUUAUAU